GGCACCCAAAGGGGUCCAGGGCCCCGCUCACGCCUCUCGCGCUCUUGCAGCCGCGCGCCUCUCCGGAGGGACGCAGGAGGCAGGAUGGACGAACAGAAAGCGCCCGGCGAGGACAAGGACGCGGACGCGCCAGCCGACGCGGCCGCGCCCUCGGAGGAGAUGGGCAGCGCCGAGGGGGACCCCCUGAAACCCCCCGAAGGAGCCUCCGCGGGGCCGGGGCUGGAGAGCGCGGACACGAGGGGAUCUCCCCAGGCCGGCAGCGCGCCAGCCCGCCGCUGCGCCCUCUGCAACUGUGGGGACUGGAGCCUGCACGGGCAGCGGGAGCUGCAGCGCUUCGAGCCGGAGCCCGACUGGUCCGAGCGCCUGGGGGGGGCUCCAACCCCCGAGGGUCCCGACGAAGCCCCCCGGGAGCUGGAGCCGGCGGGCGAUGACCUGGCGCAGGUUGGCUUCUCCGAGCGAGUGUCUGCGGCGCAGCUCUUCGAGCCGACGGGGCACUGCUGGGUUCACCGCUUGUGCGCAGCCUGGUCCGCCGGCGUGGAGCGUGCCGCAGCGGGGCUGGCUGGCGUGGGCAGAGCUGUUUUCUCAGGGAUCUCACAGAAAUGUGAACACUGUCGACGGAGGGGGGCCACCAUCCCGUGCUGGGCGGCCGGCUGCCCCCGGCUCUACCACUUCCCCUGCGCCGCCGCCAGCGGCUCCUUCCAGUCCAUGAAGACUUUGCGGCUCCUGUGUCCCGAGCACGUGGCCGAGGCGGCGCAGAUGGAGGACGCCCGGUGCGUGGUGUGCGACGGGCUGGGCGACGCGCGGGACCUGCUCUUCUGCACCAGCUGCGGGCAGCACUACCACGGCGCCUGCCUGGACAUCGCGCUCACGCCCCGCACGCGCUCGGGCUGGCAGUGCCCCGAGUGCAAAGUGUGCCAAACCUGCAGGCAGCCCGGCGAGGAUUCCAUGAUGCUGGUGUGCGAGGCGUGCGACAAGGGCUACCACACCUUCUGCAUGGAGCCGGCCAUCGAGGGCGUCCCUGCCGACUCCUGGAAGUGCAAGAACUGCAGGGUGUGCUCGGACUGUGGCCGGCGCCCGCCGGAGCUCGACCCCGGCUGCCAGUGGCACCGGAGCUACUCGGUGUGCGAGGGCUGCCAGCAGCGGCGCGGCGCGGAGGGAGCCUGCGGGGAGCAGGGAGAAGCCCCCCCACCGGACCCCGCGGCCCAGGCGUUGGUGGCCCCCGACCGCAGCGAGCUGGCGGAGGUGCCCGUGCCCCCGGCCGAGGCUGAGCCUGCGGGGAACAACGAGGAGCCGCAGCCCGGGGGGGACCCUGAGGUGGCACCCCCAGGCCAUGACGAGUCUCCCCCCGCUGAGCUGCCCCCCGAUGAGCCACCUCUUGAGAAGAGCCCCCCCGACGAGCUGCCUCCCGACGAGCCGCCCCUCGAGAAGGUGCCCCCCGAAGUGCUGCCCCUCGAGAAGUCACCCCCCGAUGAGCCGCCGCCCCUUGAGAAGCCCCCCCCUGAAGAGCUGCCCCUCGAGAAGUCUCCCCCCAAUGAGCUGCCCAUCGACGUGCACCCCCCGGAGGAGCCGCCUCCUUCUGUGCUGCCCCCCGACGAGCCCCCGCCUGACGAACUGCCCCUCGAGAGACCUCCCCUUGACGAGGCGCCCCCCACCGAGAUGCCCCUUGACGAAGUGCCCCCCAACGAGAUGCCCCUUGACGAGGCGCCCCCCGAUGAGAUGCCCCCCACCCAGAUGCCCCUCGCCGUACCACCUCUGGAGGAGCUGCCCCUCGACAAACCUCCGCUGGACAACUCGCCCCCUAACGAGCUGCCCCUGGACAAAUCGCCCCCCCACGAGCCACCCCUCGACGAGCCUUCCCCCGUUGAGCAGCCCCCCGACGGGUGGCCCCCCGGCGAGCCGCCCGUCGAUGAGCUGCCCCCCGAGGAGCCACCGCUGGACAAGCGACCCCCCAGCGAGCGGCCCCCCGAUGAGCUGCCCCUCGACGAGCAGCCCCCCGACGAGCCGCCCCGCAGCGAGCAGCCCGUUGAUGAGCUGCCCCCUAACGAACCGGCCCUCGAUGAGCUGCUCCCCGACAAGCCUCCCCUCGAUGAGCUACCCCCCCCUGAAGACCUACGCCCCGCCGAGCCGCUCCCCAGCGAGCUGUCCCCCGAGGAAGACCCCAAGCCACCAGGUCUCCUCCCCGAGGUGGUAGUGGCAGAGGAAGCGCCUGCCCUGGCCCCGGAGGUGCCCUCCGAAGAGGAGAUGGAGCUGGAGCCUGAGCCCUUGCUGCUCCCCGAGACCGCACCUCCGCCCCCUGCUCCCCCAGAUCUCUGUGCCGUGUCACCCGCUCGCCCCCCAGACCCCUCGCCCCACGCCCAGGAGGACGAGGUGCCCGAGCCCCCCAGCAGCCCCGGCACUGCCAUGGACACGGAGCCCCCUGGCUCCCCGCCGCCCCCCCUGGGCUCCCCCACCUGCACCCCGGCCCCUGCUGAGCCCCCUGAGGAAGAGGAGAUGGAGACGGGCGGUGGUGAGGGGAGCUCACCGAGCAGCCCCCCUGGAGACGGCCCCCACAUCAGCCCGGCCCCAGAACUAGGACCCUUCCCGGGCCUGCCUGAGGAAGAGGAGGAAGAGGAAGAAGAAGCACCGAGACUGGAGCGGGAGGGCACCAGCGGGAGCUCCCCACCCCUGAGCGAGGAGGACGGGCUGGAGGAAGGCCGGGCGGGGGGGGACCCUGAAUCCAAGGGGUCCCCCCUGCUCCUGGAACCGGAGGAGUUGGGCCCCGAGACCCCCAUGGAAGUGUGCCCGGCUGGGGAGAAGCUGCUGGAACGCGGCGACGAGGGGGGCCCCGAGCCCCCCGCCCUGCGCCCCCGGCCCGAUAUCCUCAAUGAGAUCUCCAACCUGAGCCAGGGGGACACGAGCAGCAGCUUCCCCGGCUCGGAGCCGCUGCUGGGCUCGCCGGACCCCGAAGGCGGGGGCUCGCUGUCCCUCGAGCUGGGGCUGGCCUCGGCCGACGCCAGCCUGCAGAAGGAGGACGCCGGGUCGCUGCCGCUGGGCGCCGAGACCGACGACUCGCUGCUCUUCGAGCCGGCCGCCAAAGGGGACGGGGACAAGAGCCGGCGGCGCAGCUCCCCGGGGCGCUCCCGUGUCAAGCAGGGUCGCAGCAGCAGCUUCCCCGGGCGGAGGCGCCCCCGAGGUGGGUCCCACGGGGGCCGGGGCCGGGGCCGUGCGCGCCUGAAGUCGACCACCUCGUCUGUUGACACCCUAGCACUCGCCGACGUGGAGAGCUCGCCCAGCAAGGAGGAAGACGAGGACGACGACGACACGAUGCAAAACACGGUCGUCCUCUUCUCCAACACCGACAAGUUUGUGCUCAUGCAGGACAUGUGCGUGGUGUGCGGCAGCUUCGGGCGCGGGGCCGAGGGGCACCUCCUGGCCUGCUCCCAGUGUUCCCAGUGCUACCACCCCUACUGUGUCAACAGCAAGAUCACGAAGGUGAUGCUGCUGAAGGGCUGGCGCUGCGUGGAGUGCAUCGUCUGCGAGGUGUGCGGCAAAGCCUCCGACCCCUCCCGGCUCCUGCUCUGCGACGACUGCGACAUCAGCUACCACACGUACUGCCUGGACCCGCCGCUGCAGACCGUGCCCAAGGGGGGCUGGAAGUGCAAGUGGUGCGUGUGCUGCGUGCAGUGCGGGGCGGCUUCCCCCGGCUUCCACUGCGAGUGGCAGAACAACUACACGCACUGCGCGCCCUGCGCCAGCCUCGUCGUCUGCCCCUUCUGCCGCGAGAAGUACGUGGAGGACGACCUGCUCAUCCAGUGCCGGCACUGCGAUCGGUGGCUGCACGCGGCGUGCGACAGCCUCUUCACGGAGGAGGAGGUGGAGCAGGCGGCAGAUGAAGGCUUCGACUGCAGCGCCUGCCAGCCCUACGUGGUCAAACCAGCCGUGCCCGCGCCUCCCUCGGAGAUCUCCGCGAAGGCCAAGGAGCCAGAGCCCCAGUAUUUCCGCUUCGAGGGCGUGUGGCUGACGGAGACGGGCAUGGCGGUGCUGCGCAACCUCUCCAUGUCGCCCCUGCACAAGCGGCGGCAGCGCAAGGCGCGCCUGGGCGCCCUGAACGGGGAAGGGGGGCUGGAGGGGGGAGACCCCCUGGGCCCCGAUGACAAGAAGGACGGCGACCUGGACGCCGACGAGCUGCUCAAGGCCGAAGUGGGGGUCGAGCACAUGGAGUGUGAAAUCAAACUGGAGGCGCUGGCCAGCCCCGACCGGGACGUGGGGGCCGAUGUGGACUCGGGGAAGGGGCUGGAGGACCCGGACGAGUGCAAGAAGAGGAAGCGCAAGCCCUACCGGCCGGGCAUUGGCGGCUUCAUGGUGCGACAGCGCAAGUCCCACACCCGCCUGAAGAAGGUCCCGGCGGUGCUGGCUGAAGUGGGGCGCGAGGGGCUGAGCGCCGAGGGGCACCCGGAGGACGGGACUCCCGGGGACCUCCCCGCCGAGGGCGGCCUGGAUCCAGGCUCGGCAGAGGGGGACGAGAAGAAGAAGCGGCGGGGGCGGAAGAAGAGCAAGCUGGAGGACAUGUUCCCCCCAUACCUGCAGGAGGCGUUUUUCGGGAAGGCGCUGAUGGACCUGAGCAGGAAGGCGCUGCUGGCGGCGGGCGGCGUGGGGGACGGCGCCGCGCGCCCCUCCCUGGGCCAGGGCGCCCCCCGGCACAAGGGGGACCCCAGUGUGGCCGGGGCGCUGCAGGGAGCCCCCCCCGACAGGAGGGAUCCCCCUGUGCACCCCAGAGGGGACGACAGCACCGAUGGCAGUGCCACAGCCCCCGAUGACGAUGGCAAGGACGACGCAAAGGCUGAGGACCUGGGGACCGACGACCCCAAGAACUCCCCAGACCCCGGGGACGCCGAGAAGCCGGCCACCCCCGGGGAGGGCGCUCUGAGCUCCGACCUUGACAAGAUCCCCACGGAAGAGCUGCCCAAGAUGGAGAGCAAGGACGUGCAGCAGCUCUUCAAGGACGUGCUGGGCUCGGCCGAGCGCGCGGAGCAGCCCCUGAACUGCGUGGCGGCGGGGAUGGAGGCCGGGGGCGCGGGGCAGGACCCCAGCCGGGCGCAGCGGCCGUUCCUGCCGGGAGACCUCCAGCUGCCGGGGCAGGGGAGCGUUUCUCUGGGCUCGCUCUCCGGAGCUGUCUCCUUGGAGUCGUAUUCGGGAGUCUGCCAGUCCCCGUUCCUCGAUAACCGGGAGCGGAGCGGCUUCUUCAGCCCAGAUCACUGCGAACCCGAGAGCCCCUGGGCCAGCAGCUCGGCCACCACCACCCCCUCGACCCCCACGACGCCCACGACGGAGGGCGAGGGCGACGGGCUGUCCUACAACCAGCGCAGCCUGCAGCGCUGGGAGAAGGACGAGGAGCUCGGCGAGCUCUCCACCAUCUCCCCCGUGCUCUACGCCAACAUGAACUUCCCCAACCUCAAGCAGGAUUAUCCAGGACUCCCAGACUGGUCGAGCCGCUGCAAGCAGAUCAUGAAGCUCUGGAGGAAGGUCCCCGCCACGGACAAAGCCCCCUAUUUGCAAAAGGCCAAAGAUAACCGGGCGGCUCAUCGCAUCAACAAGGUGCAGAAGCAGGCCGAGAGCCAGAUCAACAAGCAGACCAAAGGGGAGGGACUGCGCAAGCCGGAGAGGCCCUCGCUGCACCUGCGGAUCCCGGUGCCGCCGGGGACACAGCCCGUCUACAUCGGCAGCCCACCCGCCACGGGCGAGGGCUUCCUGAAGCCCCCCUCGGGGGCCGCCGGGGGGCCGGAAUCGCCCAGCGAGCUCUUCCUCAAGCUCCCCCCCCAGUCCCCUGCCCAAGUGCCUUCGCACGACCCCUACGGCGCGGUGCCCGCCUAUGCGCUGGAGCCCCGCUUCCCCUCGCCCCUGGGCCAGAGCCCCACGGCGGGCGCUGCCUUCCAGCCCUUCCCCGGCCAGCCCCUCGCCGGUCCCCGCACUCUCCCCGGCUCCCAGCCCCCCGACUUCCACCCCACGCCCCCCGGUACCCCUCGGCACCAGCCCGGCACCCCCGACCCCUUCCUGAAGCCCCGGUGCCCCUCCUUGGACAACCUCUCGGUGCCGGGGAGCCCCAGCGCCCGCCCUCCCGAGGCCCUGCUCUCACCCCUGCCUUUCGGGGAGCAGAAGAAAGGCCUGGAGGUAAAGAAGGAAGAGGGAGGGGGGAGCCUGGGGGUCUGCUCGCCCGGCUACGCGCCCACCAUGGGCUAUGGGGACUCCCCGGGCGGCCCCCACCUCUCCGCUGCGGAGCUGAAGGCGGCCGACGUCUUCAAAGCCCCCAUGACCCCGCGGGUUUCUCAGGUAGAGCCGCAGAGCCCGGGGCUGGGGCACCGCCCCCCCGACCCCCAUCCCUUGGCCCCCUCGCCCCCCAACCACCCCGACCUCUACCGCCAGUCGCCCUACCCCGACCCCUACGCGCAGCCCCCGCUGACCCCCCGGCCGCAGCCCCCUCCCGAGGCCUGCUGCGCCCUCCCGCCGCGCUCCCUGCCCUCCGAGCCCUUCUCCCGCGUCCCCGCCAGCCCCCAGUCCCAGUCCAGCUCCCAGUCCCCCCUCACACCCCGGCCGCUCUCCAACGAAGCCUUCUGCCAGUCGCCCGUCACCCCUCGCUUCCAGUCCCCGGACCCUUACUCCCAGCCCCCCUCCCGGCCCCAAUCCCGGGACCCCUUCACCCCCCUGCACAAACCGCCCCGGCCCCAAAUGCCGGAGCCGGGCUUCAAGUCGGUGCCCCUCUCGCACAGCCCCGCGGCCGGCGGGGGUUUUGGGACCACCCCAGCGGGCGAGCCCCACACCAAGGUGCCGGGUGGGCAGCAGCAGCAUCCCCCCUUCGCCCGUUCCCCCGGCGCCAGCGUCUUCCCGGGCAGCCAGCCCCCCAUGCGCUUCACCUUCCCCCCGGCCGUCUCGGAGCCGCUCAAGGGUUCCCCGUCCCACCAGCCCCACGGGAUCAACAGCCAUUUUGUCCCCGGCAAGCCCCAGAGCUCAGCCUACGCCUCGUCCCCCGGCUUCCACCAGGCUGGCAGCCCCCUGGGGCCGGGCACCGGGGCUGCCGACACCACCUACAGCCUCUCGCCCCUCCGGCCGCCCUCGGUGCUGCCCCAGCAGCCCCCAGCGCCCCCCCAGCAGCCGGAUGCCACCAUCGCCUUCCUGCCCCGAGCCGCCCUGGGGGCUGACAAGAGGGAGGAGGCGGCUGCGGGGCUCACGGCACCCCCAAACCGGGACCUGGCCGAGCUGCCCGGUGGCCAGGACGGGGCCAUGGCCACCAUGAGUCAGUCGGAGCUGGAGAAGCAGAGGCAGCGCCAGCGGCUCCGCGAGCUGCUCAUCCGCCAGCAGAUCCAGCGCAACAGCCUGCGGCAGGAGAAGGAGAGCGCGGCGGCCGCUGCCACCCCCUCGCCCGCGAGCUGGGCCCCCGAGGCCGGCAGCCAGAGCUUUGAGCUGAGCCGCGGCAUGGCCGCCUACCAGCCGGCACAGGAUAAGGGUCUUUUGGGGUCGCUGGCCACCGCGGCCGGCAGUGGGAAGAUGCCCGGCUCGGUCAUGGUGCAGGCGGCGUUCGCGCAGGAUGAGCGGCUCUCCCGGCCCCCGCCGGCCGCCACCCCGGCUGCCCUGGACAUGAACGGGAGGGCGGCAGUGGGGCCCCCCCAGGCCUUUUACCCUCGCGGGGUCUUCCCGGCGCCGUCCCCGCAGCAGCACCUCUGGCAGCAGCAGCAGCAGCAGGCAGCCGCGGCCCUGCGGCUCCCCGUCACCUCCCGCUUCGCCCCCCCAGCCGCUGGCACCCCCGUGGGCAGCCUGGGCGCCCGCCUGCCAGCGCCCGCCGAGCCGGUGCCCGCUUCACCCGGCACCCUGGGCGCACCCUUCAUCGAGCUGCGGCACAACGUGCAGAAGGGGCCUGGGGGGGUCGUGGGCUCCCCCUUCGCUCCCCAGGCUCCCCGACCUCGCUUUUUCCUGCCCGGGGAGGAGGGCGCCCCGCAGCCCCUCUGCGCCCCCACCAUGCCCAUGCAGGCACUCCCCGCCCCGGCGCUGCAGCCCCAGAAGAUGCCGGUGCCUCUGCCGCCCGCCUCGCCGCAAGGCGCCGAGAUGAGCAACAGCCACCACCAGCUGCACGCCAAAGCGGUGCCCCCCGUGCCGCUGCCCGCCCCCAGCCUGGAGCUGCAGCACGUCCCCCCGCGCCCGCUCUCCUCCAGCUCUGCCCUGCGCCCCGAGGGUCCCAAGGAAGGCCCCGCACCGGCUCCAGCCCCGGGCAAGAGCCAGCUGAGCCUGGAGGGCGGACGGCUGCCCUGCGAGGUGCCGGUGGAGCCCGAUUUGGACGACGACUUCGGCUCCCACAAGGACCUGGAAGACGACGACGAUUUGGCAAAUCUGAGCCUGGAUCCGGACGUGGCCAAAGGGGACGAUGACUUGGGCAACCUGGACAGCCUGGAGACGGCGGACCCCCACCUGGACGAUCUGCUGAACGGCGACGAGUUCGACCUGCUGGCCUACACCGACCCUGAGCUGGACACGGGCGACAAGAAGGACAUCUUCAACGAGCACCUGCGCCUGGUUGAGUCGGCCAACGAGAAGGCUGAGCGUGAGGCCCAGCUCAAGACCGAGCCAGCGGGACCCAGCUUGAAGCUCCCCGAUCCUGGCGACGGCAAAGACCCGGCCCCGUCGGCGGAGAACCAGGAGGUGCCCAAGGAAGGGCUGGUGCCGGGGGUGGGCUUGGGGCCCGCUCCCUGCCCGCCUGGCACCGCGCUGGCGCCCGAGCCAGCCUUCAAGGCGCAGGGUUUGGAGGCGAAGGCACUGCCCACCGACGUCAAGCCCAAGCUGGAGGAAGGCUGCCUGAAGACAUCACCCUGCCAGUUCACCACCGGUGGCCCCGAGCGGCUCCCAGUCCCCGUCAAGUCGGAGGCCCUGCAGAGCACGGAUAAGAUCUCUGCCUCUUUGGGGCUGACCCUCAAGCCCGGCCAGAACCUCCUGAGCCCCGGCGCCGGCCCUGCUCGCCUCGGCUUGACUCACUUCCCAAACAGCGGCUCUGUGCUGGAGAAGGACCCUUACGCUGGCCCUGGCCGCGGGCUGGCCCCUGCCCAGCUGGGCAGCCAGAGCAAUCCUCUGCUGGAGAAGUUUGAGCUUGACAGCAGGGCGCUGGGCUUGGGCAGCGCCCGGCACUCACCAGCCGAUGAUCUGGACAAAAUGGAGAGCUCGCUGGUGGCCAGCGAGCUGCCGCUGCUCAUCGAGGACCUGCUGGAGCACGAGAAGAAGGAGCUGCAGAAGAAGCAGCAGAUGUCAGCCCACCUGCCCCGGGGCACCCCGCACCUCCCGGCCCCAGGGCACCCCAUGCUGCACGCAACGGCGGCUGGGCAGCCCCUGGAGGCGCAGCCGCCCCGCCUGGGCACCCCGCAGCCCCCCCUCCAGCUGGGGAUGGUGGCCAGACCGCAGCUUAUGCCACCGCAGCCCCCCCGGCUCGGCACUCCCCAGCAGGGCCCGGCGCUGGCCCCCCACAUGGGCAUGGCUCCGGGGCAGCCCCACGUCCUGGCAGCCCCGCACGGAGUGCAGGUGGCCCUGACGCAGCCGCAGCAGAGCCAGCAGCAGGUGCUCGUGCAGAAGCCGAUGGCCGGGGUGCAGCCGCCGGCCCUGGGCCUGAAGCCCCCCCAGCUCGUCAUGCAGCAGCAGUUGGCCAACAGCUUCUUCCCAGACACAGACCUGGACAAGUUUGCUGCCGAGGACAUCAUGGACCCCAUUGCCAAGGCGAAGAUGGUGGCGCUGAAAGGCAUCAAGAAGGUGAUGGCCCAGGGCAGCAUCGGGGUGGCCCCGGGCAUGAACAGGCAACAAGUUUCCCUGCUGGCUCAGCGGCUCUCGGGAGGCCCGGCCGUGUCGGAGAUGCAGAACCACAUGCUGGCAGGGAGCGGGCAGGAGCGGAGCGGCACCGACCCAACGCAGGCUCGCCCCAACCCCCCCACCUUCGCACAAGGCGUCAUCAACGAGGCCGACCAGCGGCAGUACGAGGAGUGGCUCUUCCACACGCAGCAGCUCCUGCAGAUGCAGCUGAAGGUGCUGGAGGAGCAGAUCGGGGCGCACCGCAAGUCGCGCAAGGCGCUCUGCGCCAAGCAGCGCACCGCCAAGAAGGCCGGCCGGGAGUUCCCCGAGGCCGACGCCGAGAAGCUGAAGCUGGUUACGGAGCAGCAGAGCAAGAUCCAGAAGCAGCUGGACCAGGUGCGGAAGCAGCAGAAGGAGCACACCAACCUCAUGGCCGAGUACCGCAACAAGCAGCAGCAGCACCAGCACCAAGCCUCGGCCGUCAUGGCCCUGAGCCCUUCGCAGAGCCCCCGCCUCAUGUCCAAGCUCCCCGGGCAGCUCCUCUCGGCGCACGGCGUCCAGCAGCCGCCGGGGGCCGUGGUGGGUGCCCAAGGCCUUGGCCAGCAGCCGGGGCAGCCUGGGGGGCUGCGCCUGCCCCAGGGCGGCGUGUCCAUGGCCGUGCAGCAGGGCCUGUCCUUCAUGGGCCAGCAGGCGGUGGGGAACGCCCCGGUGCCCGGCACCUCCAACACUUUCUUCCCCGGGAACCCUGCGCUCCGCGGGCUGGCCGCCGACAGCCGUCUGAUGCAGGAGAGGCAGCUUCAGAGGAUGCAGCUGGCCCAGAAACUGCAGCAGCAGCAGAAUAUGCUGGGGCAGGUGUCCCUGCAGCAGCAGCAACAGGGUGUGAUGGGACAGGCGGCGAUGCAGCAGCCGGGCGUCAUGGGGCAGGUGUCGAUGCAGCAAGCGGGUGUCAUGGGACAGACUUCGAUGCAGCCACAGGGCAUCAUGGCCCAGACUUCAAUGCAGCAGCCUGGUGUCAUGGCACAGACACCGAUGCAGCAGCCGGGUGUCAUGGGACAAGCCUCCAUGCAGCAGCCAGGCGUCAUGGGACAAACUUCAAUGCAGCAGCCGGGCGUCAUGGGACAAGGUUCAAUGCAGCAGCCGGGGGUCAUGGCCCAGACUUCGAUGCAGCAGCCGGGGGUCAUGGGACAAGGCUCCCUGCAGCAGCCGGGCGUCAUGGCCCAGACCUCGAUGCAGCAGCCGGGCGUCAUGGGACAAGGCUCGAUGCCAGCAGCCAUGGUAGGGCAGCAGCAGGUGGCAGCAGCCCCGCAGCCGGGGGCCGUGGGGCAGCCCAUGGUGCCGAAGCAGCCGGCGGUGAUGGGCAGCCAGCAGAGCCUGCUGGUGCAGCAGCUCUCGCCCCAGCAGCAGCAGCAGCAGCAGCAGCCGGGCUUGCUGGGCCACGCGCCUGGGCUGCAGCACCAGGCGGUGCUGGGCCACCCCCCGCCCCAGCGCCAGGUCCUUCUUGCCCAGCACCAGCAGCGGGUGCUGGGGUCGCCCCAGCUGGCACCGCAGCCUCCGGGGAUGCUGGGGCACCGCCUCGUGCUCUCCCAGCAGCUGGGGCAGGCGCGGGCGCUGCUGGCCCCGCAGCAGCAGAACUCGGCAGCCGCCCAGCCGGGCCUCCUGGGCUUGGGCCAGGGGCAGCCCCCCAUCCAGCACUUUCAGCAGCAUGGGGCGAUGGGCCAGGCUCCCUCCGUGCUGCACCUGAGUCAGGGAAUGCAGCCGGCCCCGGUGGUCCUGGCUGCCAAGGACCAACCCGGAGGAGCGGAUGGCAGCACCCUGCCCACCGAGGGCAGCGAGAGCGGGGGGCAGCUGCACGGAGGGGGCCCUCAGGAGCAGCAGCAGGGAGCCCUCAACCCCCCAGGGCUGGGGGCGCCGGAGCCCCAAGCCCCCAAGCACCAGGCUGAGCUGGGGCAGGGUCAGCAGCUCCUCUUGGGCUCCCCGCAGCCGGGCGUCCUGGGCUCCCUGCCUGCCCAACUGGGGCUGCGGGCGGCCACUGCACCGGGCCCCUUGCUAGCCCCACCGCAGAGCCCCGGGGCCACGCGCCCGGAGCUGCCCCAGCUGCAGGGGGACACCCCUGGGGCUGCAGAGCCGCAGACGGGCUGCGGGACGGGCAAGGUGCCGGCAGGCUCAUUGCAGGGCCAGCCGCAGCCCCCCCGGCUCCAGAGCCCCGGGCAGCCCAAAGCAGGGCCAGCGCCGCAGCUGGGGGCCACCGCCACCACCGCGCUGUCCCCAGGCCUCCUGGGGCAGGUGCCGGGGCCGGUGAUGGGCCAGAUCCGGGCUCAGCUCCAGGGUGUCCUGGCCAAAAACCCGCAGCUGCGGCACCUCACGCCCCAGCAGCAGCAGCAGCUCCAGGCCCUCCUGGUGCAGCGGCACCAGCAGAGCCUGCUGCAGCAGAGCCAGGCGCUCCGGCAGCCCGGCCCCUUCCCCGGGCAGGCCCCGGAGCACAGCCCCCAGGCACGCCAGCCUCCUCCCCGCCCGCUGGGACCCCUCUUCCAGGCCCGGCCGGGUGCCCCGGCAGAGGAGCAGGGUGCGGGCGGGCAGGCACGGGGGCAGCCCCCUACCAGCACCCCUCAGCAGCCCCUGGCCGAGCUGGUGCAGGCAGCCCUGGCUGCUCGUGGCCCCCAGCCUGGUCUUGUCCGGCUCCCCACACCGCCAGCCCCCUCACCCCUGGGUACGGGCUGCAUCCCCCAGCACCUGGCCAGCCCCGAGCAGAGUCCCCAAGAGCCAAAGAAGAUGUCACCGGGGGUCCCGGCCUCGGCCCCCAGCCCCGCGGAGCAGGGGCUAGCACCCGAUGCGGCGCGUGGCCCCUGGGACCCCGAGGCGCCCGGUGCGGACCCAGCUGACCCCACUGAGUCCCACGUCAACGGGGCUGUGCCGGUGGGCGAGCCCCCCCAGGUGUCGGUGAAGCAGGAGCCCAAGGAGGAUGCGGCAGCGGCGGCAGCGGCGCAAUGCGAGCUGGAGGGGGAUGAGGCAGCCAGGCUGGAGGCCAACGGGGAGCCCGGGGCUGCCCAAGCCAGCAGCCCGCUGGUGCCAGGAGGCCGUUCCGAUGCUGGUCACCUCCUGCUGCAGAAGCUGCUGAGGGCCAAGAACGUGCAGCUCUCGGCACAGUGCCCAGGCGAGCUCAACGGGCACGCCGAGGGCCGGGGCACCGGGAUGGAGCCGCGGCCGCAGUCGGUGCUGCUGGGCCGGGAGGACCCCUCCAUCGCCCGCAAGCCAGCAGCCACCAAACCCAAACGGGUGCAGAAGGGGAACGAGCGGGUCCCGGCCUCCCGCAAGAAACUGCGCAAGGACGAGGGGCUGCGGCCCGGCGAGGCGCUGAUGAAGCAGCUCAAACAGGAGCUCUCGCUGCUGCCGCUGACGGAGCCGACCAUCACAGCCAACUUCAGCCUCUUCGCGCCCUUCGGCAGCAGCCCCAUCAACGGCAAGAGCCAGCUGCGGGGCGCCUUCGGCAGCGCCGUGCUGGACAGCGUGCCCGACUACUACUCCCAGCUGCUCACCAAGAACAACCUCAGCAACCCACCCACGCCGCCCUCCUCGCUGCCCCCCACGCCGCCCCCCUCCGUGCAGCAGAAGAUGGUGAACGGCGUCACGGCCCCCGAGGAGCUGGGCGAGCAGCCCAAGGACGCCGACCCGGCCCGCGAGCCCCACGGCCAGAAAGACACGUCGGCUGUGGAGGUGAAGAGCCUGGACCUGCUGGCGGCUCUGCCCACCCCCCCGCACAACCAAACCGAGGACGUUAGGAUGGAGAGCGACGACGAGAGCGACUCCCCCGACAGCAUCGUGCCGGCCUCGUCCCCUGAGAGCGUGCUGGGCGAGGAGCUGCUCCGCUUCCCCCUGCUCAGCGAGGCCAAGCCGGAGCUGGAGGAGCGCGUGCUGUCCCCCAUCAUCCCCAUCAUCCCCCGCGCCAGCAUCCCAGUGUUCCCUGACACGAAGCCCUACGAGGCCGCCGAGCCUUUCGGGGCACCUCCGGGGAAGGUGGGGGCAGCCGGCCUGGGCGCCCCGUGGGAGAAGGGCAAGAGCAGCGAGGUCUCCGUCAUGCUGACCGUGUCUGCGGCAGCCGCCAAGAACCUCAACGGGGUGAUGCUGGCCAUGGCCGAGCUGCUGAGCGUGAAGAUCCCCAGCUCCUACGAGGUGCUGUUCCCCGACGGCCCCAUGCGAGCGGCCGUGGUCGAGGCUAAGAAGGUGGAGGUGGACGUGGCCGGGAUGCUGGGUGGCAAGGAGAAGGCGGCGCUGGCCGGGAAGGUGCCGGAGAGCAGCUCGGAGUGGCUGAAGCAGUUCGAUGCGGUGCUGCCCGGGUACAGCCUCAAGGGCGAGCUGGACCUCCUGACGCUGCUCAGACAGGAGAGCCCUGUGCCCGAGAAGACCCUGCACCACGGCUAUGUCAACAACGUCUCCAACCUGGACGUGCGGCAGCUCUCCGUCAUGCCCCAGGAGCCCUCGCCCCCCUUGUCCCCCUCCGUCCCCUCCCCAUCCAGCCCUGCCGAGGCCGCCAGGGUCCCCGACCCCGAGGCUGCCCACGAGGCGGCCCCGGCACCCCCCUCGCCACUGCCCCCCGCCCCCUCGCCGGCCCCAGGGGAAGAGGGGGCCGCAGCCCCCCACUCGCCGCCCCGCUUCAAGCCGCGCUCGCGGCCGCCGGAGGACGGGGACGAAGCACGGCCCCGGCUGAAGAAGUGGAAGGGGGUGCGGUGGAAACGGCUGCGCUUCCUGGUCACCAUCCAGAAAGGGGGGGCCAAGCGGGACGGCGACAAGGAGAUCGCGGAGUUCAUCGACAAGCUGGGCACCACGCUGCGCCCCGAGAAGGUGCCGCGGGACCUGCGCAAGUGCUGCUUCUGCCACGAGGAGGGCGACGGGGCGACGGACGGGCCGGCCCGCCUGCUCAACCUCGACCUCGACCUCUGGGUCCACCUGAACUGCGCCCUGUGGUCCACGGAGGUCUACGAGACGCAGGGGGGGGCCCUGAUCAACGUGGAGGUGGCCCUGCACCGCGGGCUGCUCACCAAGUGCUCCCUGUGCCAGAAAACCGGCGCCACCAACAGCUGCAACCGCAUCCGCUGCCCCAGCGUCUACCACUUCGCCUGCGCCAUCCGCGCCAAGUGCAUGUUCUUCAAGGACAAGACGAUGCUGUGCCCCCUGCACAAGCUGAAGGGCCCCUGCGAGCAGGAGCUGAGCACCUUCACCGUCUUCCGGCGCGUCUACAUCGAGCGGGACGAGGUGAAGCAGAUCGCCAGCAUCAUCCAGCGGGGCGAGCGGCUCCACAUGUUCCGCGUGGGCGGGCUGGUCUUCCACGCCAUCGGGCAGCUCCUGCCGCACCAGAUGGCCGACUUCCACAGCGUCACGGCCCUCUACCCCGUGGGCUACGAGGCCACGCGCAUCUACUGGAGCCUGCGGACCAACAACCGCCGCUGCUGCUACCGCUGCACCAUCUGCGAGAACAACGGCCGCCCCGAGUUCGUCGUGCAGGUCAUCGAGCAGGGCCUGGAGGACCUGGUCUUCUCCGACUCUUCGCCGCAGGCCGUCUGGAACCGGAUCAUCGAGCCGGUGGCGAUGAUGAGGAAGGAGGCCGACAUGCUGCGGCUCUUCCCCGAGUACCUGAAGGGCGAGGAGCUCUUCGGCCUCACGGUGCACGCGGUGCUGCGCAUCGCCGAGUCGCUGCCCGGCGUGGAGAGCUGCCAGAACUACCUGUUCCGCUACGGGCGCCAUCCGCUCAUGGAGCUACCGCUGAUGAUCAACCCCACCGGCUGCGCCCGCGCCGAGCCCAAGAUCCUCACCCACUACAAGCGGCCCCACACCCUGAACAGCACAAGCAUGUCCAAGGCCUACCAGAGCACGUUCACGGGCGAGACCAACACGCCCUACAGCAAGCAGUUCGUGCACUCCAAGUCCUCCCAGUACCGGCGCCUGAAGACGGAGUGGAAGAACAACGUCUACCUGGCGCGGUCCCGCAUCCAGGGCCUGGGGCUCUACGCCGCCAAGGACAUCGAGAAGCACACCAUGGUCAUCGAGUACAUCGGCACCAUCAUCCGCAACGAGGUGGCCAACCGGCGCGAGAAGAUCUACGAGGAGCAGAACCGUGGCAUCUACAUGUUCCGCAUCAACAACGAGCACGUCAUUGACGCCACGCUGACGGGGGGCCCGGCCAGGUACAUCAACCACUCGUGCGCCCCCAACUGCGUGGCCGAAGUCGUGACCUUCGACAAGGAGGACAAGAUCAUCAUCAUCUCCAGCCGGCGCAUCCCCAAGGGGGAGGAGCUCACCUACGACUACCAGUUCGACUUCGAGGACGAUCAGCACAAGAUCCCCUGCCACUGCGGAGCCUGGAACUGCCGAAAGUGGAUGAACUAGCUGCGAGA